AUGGCUUACAUACGUGUUCAAAUUGCACUUAUCACUGCCCUAGGUAACAUAUGCUUAUGUCAUGCAUACACCAUUUCACUCAUUGAUCCGGACAACUUUGUCCUAGAUUCAUUUCAGGGUUUUGUGCUGGCCAAUGUGGGAUUUCAGACUAACUGUAGUAUCUUAGGGCAAAUUUUGAUAGCUUUCAGCCUUCCACCCAGCAUUUAUGCUGCACUUUUAGUCUAUGACAUGCGUAUGAUUGGUCUGGAAAAGACUAACUGUAGUAUCUUAGGGCAAAUUUUGAUAGCUUUCAGCCUUCCACCCAGCAUUUAUGCUGCACUUUUAGUCUAUGACAUGCGUAUGAUUGGUCUGGAAAAGUCAGAUAAGAGGAGCAAGUGUGAAGUUCACCACAAGGUGAACAAAUCAGACAACAGAUUGAAGGCUGGUGAUGAAUUUCCUGUUAGUGAGUUUAAAUCAUAUCGAGAUCCUGAUCUUUAUGCUGUGGAAAAAGAAAUUUAUCUUGGUUCUCUUUGUGAGGUGCACGAUUUUGCAGAACCAUGGUACUUUUGGAUGAUAAUGCUGAAAAAUGGAAACUUUGACAAGAACACAACACUUUGCCCUGAGAAUGGCCGAAAAGUUACUAAGAUAGUGACAGACAGAAGCUUUCCUUGUUUUGGCGAAGGAUGCAUGAAUCAACCGCUUGUGUACCAUAAUCAGUCACUGGUGGUUUAUCUUGGGAAUAAUGCAUCUUUGGUUGGGGGAUUCUAUGGAACAUAUGAUCUUGAUGCCAAUUUGAGUGCUGGUUCCGGAAAUAAUUCUUUCUUUUCUAUUUCAUGGCAGAAGAAUUUAAGCACAAAUAGUUGGAUUGUAUCGCACAAAUUGACAUCAUCAUCCAAGUAUCCCUCGCUCAUGUUAUAUCUAAGAGCGGAUGCAGCAAAAGGAUUUAAUGGAGGUUAUCACUAUAGUGGACGAGGCAUCAUAAGAAAGUUACUAGAGUCUCCUAACUUUAAGGUCCGAUUGACACUUGACAUUAAACAAGGUGGAGGGUCCGAUAGCCAAUUUUAUCUCCUUGACAUUGGUAGCUGUUGGAAAAAUAAUGGAGAUCCAUGUGAUGGUGACGUUCUAACAGACGUGACUAGAUACAGUGAGAUGAUUAUUAACCCGGCAACUACAAGUUGGUGUCGUUCAGAUAAUCUGGUGUCAUGCCCACCUUACCACAUCAGUUCUACUGGCACGGUAAUACACAGAAAUGAUACAUCUCGGUUUCCGUAUUCUGCUUAUCAUCUUUACUGUGCUCCUGGAAAUGCGAACUAUCUGGAAAAACCAUUCGAUAUUUGUGAUCCAUAUAGCAACCCACAAGCACAAGAGUUGGUUCAAAUUCUGCCUCAUCCUGAGUGGGCUAUGCAUGGUUAUCCUGCAAAAAAAGGGGACGGAUGGAUUGGGGAUUCAAGGACGUGGGAGCUUGAUGUUGGAACUCUAUCCAGUCGGCUAUACUUCUAUCAGGAUCCAGGAACAAAACCUGCAAAGCGUGUGUGGUCUUCUAUCAACAUUGGUACAGAAAUAUAUGUUAGCCCCUCCGGGGCAAAUGCUGAGUGGACUGUAAGUGAUUUUGAUAUAUUAGUUCCUAAAGAUACCAAAGAGGAUGGUCAUGGAUAUAUGUGAUGUCUUUAUAUAUGUUUACCUCUGUAAAAAAGAUCAAAAAUACAAAACGUUUACACUCCAUCUUAUCCUUUCUGAUUGCUUCUA